AGACCGUCCUGCGUCCUCCCGUCCUCUGGAGUCUGGACUCCAGAGUCCAAACUCCAAAAGAACACAAGUCUGUACUCGGCGUACUUUGGAUUGAGAAACGGCCACAGUUCAUCUUGAACGAACCUCUAGAUUGCAGCCUUCCGUUUAUAUAUCAGUGGUAGUAGAGAGUAGCUACUAAGCAUCCGUUCGCCCUUUCAGGUACGUAACGUUAGAUCUUCAGCGGGUAAGAAUCAGUUGUUGACAUUGCACCUAACGUGAAAUAAUGUAAACAUUACUUCUGCGAUAUCUGAAACAUUGCAGCAUUGGCUAAAGAGUUAGCCGCAAAGCUAGUUUCGUUAGUUACUGACCAUCAAUUAUUUUGUUCAGUUGCACGGAGAAAUGUAACUAAAACUCAGUCAUGCAAAAGUGCAUUUUCUUGGAUCGACAGCUUCGAUGUCCAGGUCCUGUUUUAUUUGAUUGUUCCGUGAAUGUCAGUGCAGCGUUAGCUUGUAACGUUACAGCUAACAUGAGCUAGUCUUUGGAAAGGAGUUUGGCAUGACCUCUUAACUAACGUUACCGGUGAGGGGGAAACGGCUGGUAUCCAGCUGCUUAACAGAACGUCCAUCGGAGAUUUCCCAAAUACGAUAGGGCCGACGUUUAGCGGUCAUUAUGUACAACAUAUAUGUCUUCAAAUGUCUUAGAUGAUGCAAUAACAGUGACUGUAUUGUCCGAUUUCCAAGUUGUACUGCACGUCAUCCAGACAUUCUCGUUGAUAGUCAUCAUGAAGUUGCUAGUGCAAUUAUAUUUAAUAACAAUUAGCUUGCUGUCAUUAAUUUGCACUAUAGAACUUUGUAAAACAUUGUGUGUAUGACAGAGACUGUGGGACUGGUCCACAUUAUAGUUAGUAUUGUAUUUUGUAUUUAUUUGUCUACCAUUGACUGCUGAUGAAAAAUAACCACUUGGUAAAUCUGUUACUACGUGCCUCUUUUAUUUGAGAUAUAACAUGUUUGUACCUAAUUAAUAAUAGCAAUAGAACUAUCUGAAAUGUCACCUACAAGUCCCAACACUUAUAUCCCUGACCAUUUUCAAGUAUUGCCCCGUUCCUGCCUCUAAAAGAUGUCUGCAUGUGUAUUUAGUUUUGGGUGGAGCGGUAAAUUGAGCAUUGCUGUAAAAAAACAAACAUGUAUACUAUGUAUACUCGGCAACUGUGUGCUCAUAAAAUACAGGUUAUAUUAAUACAAUGAUUUUGAUAUUAAAGUCUUGCCAUCUAGAACCAAAUGUUGUCCUGAUGAUAAUUGCAUUUUGUGAGUGAUUCUCUUUCACCCUGACACAGACACAAUGGCGAGUCCAGGAAAAGACAACUACAGGAUGAAAAGUUAUAAGAACAAAGCGUUGAAUUCUCAGGAGAUGCGUCGAAGGAGAGAGGAGGAAGGAAUCCAGCUACGCAAACAGAAAAGAGAGGAGCAGCUGUUCAAAAGGAGAAAUGUAGGUGUACCUGAGUCAAUGCUGGAAUGUCCAAUCCAGGAUCCAGACAUCAGCUCCACGGUACCUUUUGAUGAGGUCAUAACUCCCGAUAUGAUUCGGAUGAUCUUCUCCGGGGACCCAGACCAGCAACUAAUUGCGACACAGAAAUUUAGGAAAUUACUCUCAAAAGAGCCCAACCCGCCCAUAGAUGAGGUCAUUUCCACUCCUGGUGUUGUGAUUCGUUUUGUGGAGUUCCUAAAGAGGAGGGAAAACUGCACACUACAGUUCGAGGCAGCUUGGGCGCUAACCAACAUCGUGUCAGGUACCUUCUUGCACACCAAGGUGGUGAUUGAAACAGGAGCUGUUCCCACUUUCAUUGAGUUGCUGAACUCUGAGUACGAGGACGUCCAGGAACAGGCGGUGUGGGCAUUGGGGAACAUUGCAGGAGAUAAUGCAGAAUGCCGAGACUAUGUACUCAACUGUGGCAUCCUGCCGUUUCUACAACAGCUACUCGCUAAAUCCAACCGUCUCACAACAACACGCAAUGCAGUAUGGGCUCUGUCCAACUUGUGCCGAGGGAAAAACCCACCACCGGAUUUUGCCAAGGUCUCUCUUUGCCUCAGUGUGCUGUCCAGGCUUCUGUUCAGCAGUGAUCCAGAUGUGCUGGCUGACUCUUGUUGGGCUCUGUCCUACCUGUCUGAUGGCCCCAAUGAAAAGAUCCAGACAGUCAUUGACUCUGGAGUCUGCCGCAGAUUGGUGGAACUACUCAUGCACAGUGAUUAUAAAGUUGUUUCUCCUGCUGUCCGUGCGGUGGGAAACAUUGUAACAGGAGAUGACAUCCAGACUCAGGUUAUCCUGAACUGCUCAGCACUGCCAUGUUUACUCCACCUGCUCAGCAGUCCCAAAGAGUCCAUCAAGAAAGAGGCGUGCUGGACCUUGUCGAACAUCACAGCAGGAAACAGAGCUCAAAUUCAGAAUGUCAUUGACGCCAACAUCUUCCCAGUACUGAUUGAGAUCCUUCAGAAGGCUGAGUUCCGCACAAGGAGAGAGGCAGCGUGGACUAUUACUAAUGCCACCUCUGGGGGCACUCCUGCACAGAUAAGGUAUUUGGUGUCUCUGAAUGCCGUCAAACCCAUGUGUGACCUGCUGACAGUUAUGGACACAAAGAUUGUGCAGGUGUCUCUGAAUGGUCUGGAGAACAUACUCAAACUGGGAGAACAGGAGGCCAAACAGAAUGGAACAGGCAUCAACCCAUACUGUGCUCUCAUUGAGGAGGCAUAUGGCCUGGACAAGAUCGAGUUCCUGCAGAGCCACGAGAACCUGGAGAUCUACCAAAAGGCCUUUGACCUGAUUGAACACUACUUUGGUGUGGAGGAGGAGGAUGCCAGCCUGGCUCCACAGGUGGACAAAGCUCAAGGCCAGUUUGUCUUCCAGCAACAGGAUGGACCCAUGGAAAGUUUCCAGCUCUAACCCCACGGCACUUUUCUACUGCCCUGGUCUCUAAACCUCUGCUAGAGGCCGCAGCCUGCUGACCUGCAAACUCCCCAGACCUUCACUUCUACAAUGUAACAACACCUUAUCUUGAGAGACAGACUUGUGAAUAUGGAGAUAAAAAGAGCCGAUUUGGUUAUUGCCAUUUGAGACUCUGGGUGUCUGUAUGGAGGGCUCAGCUUUGCUGGUAUUAUCCCAUGCCAUAGAAAGCCAACUUUAGUGCUACAGUAUGAUGUUCCUUUGACUUCCUGAUAUGUUAUUUUUAUUGUUAUGUUAAUGGUAUUUGUGUUACACAUUUGUGUUGGAAACUGCUAUCUCAAAUUUAGCAAAUGUGCAAACUACCCCUUCUCAGAAAAAAGGAAACAACAGAAGCGAAGGAAGGAAAGCCCUAAAUGAACAGAUAAGCCAGGACAUAUUUUGUUCUUAAUUCUGGUUGAAGUCCAGUUUGGAAUAAAAUCCUUGGGUGUUCAGAUCCAGUGUCAAGUGGCUGACCUGGCUGUUCGGAAUGAAAAUAUAUAGUAGUCCUGUUGUUGCCGCAUGUAAGUCUAAAGCAUUUGCAAAAGCUCUCAAGGUUCUUUUAUCCUCACCGGUGGAUUUAGAAAGACUUGAUGAGCAUCUGAGACUCGGGGUCUUUAAUUUAUUUGUCUUCUGAGAACUGUUGGCGGAGUUGUUCUGUCUUCUGCACCCUCAGCUCUGACUGAAGGCAAGCUGACUGUGUAACUGGCCAACUGGCCCGAGUUAGUUUGAUAUUUGAAACAAUGUUGGCUGUUCACUAUGUUUUAUGCUGCUUAUUUUUAAGUUAUGUUCUUUAUUUCAGAAAGCAGUAUCAGGGAAAUGCAUGUGCUGUCUAUGUUACAUGAUGCAGUGUGUGCAACUAGCAACAAUCUUGCUAGUUAAAUUACAUUUUUCUCUGUUUUGUAGUUUGACACUGAACUAGUAACGUAUCUUAAAUAUUUUUUUCGGCCUGCAAUCAUUUCCCUUAUUUGAAGGGAUUAGUAGAAUUUGUAUAUUGUAUACACAUAUAAUAAAUUGUAAAGAAAGUAUAAAAGUGGCUAUGGGAGGGUCUGAAAUGCUAUUGUUUUCUGGCUGAUAUGCAGUUGUGAUAUUUCCAUUCCAUUGCUGUUUCUCCUUAUUGUGCCCUUUUUAGGGUUGACCCAUUUGUUUCCUCUGAACCUUUAUACUUUGAUUUUUCUUGUCUUGUGUUUUUAUUUUGUGGUUGAAGCACAGGUUUUGUUUUACCUCUUAACUGUAAUUAAGUUGUGAUAUGUGCACAUUGGAAUACAGCAACAUUAAUUGUUUGAGCGUCAAAUGUGAAAUCAACCUAUCAUUUUGUGAAAAGAAUAAUAGCAGUAUAGCAGAAAAUGAGCAAGUACAUUCAAUCAUAUCUAGUUUUUAUGAUAUUUUGCGAUGGAAAAUCAUGUUCAUCCCCUUCUUCUUCCAGGUCUCUGAACGUCUGCUAGAGUGAGUGGCCGGUCGGUCUGCAUACUCUCCUGUGUGUACUCUCUCCAUGUUCUGCUUUUUUUUUCUUUUUCUGCUAGAUGAACCAUGAUUUGAUUUUAGUACAGCAACAAUAAUUGCAUUAGCAGCUAACCUUAAAUGCAAUCUAAACUGAAUUGACAUGAAAUGGAAAAAAUAAUGAUUACUUGCCAAGCAGGAAUGUAACUGGUCACAAAUGAUCGAUGAUGGUAUAAGCGGUCUAAAGUCUGUUGUAAUUGAUUCCAAUCAUCUUUGGAGUUACGUCAGUCUUUUUAUAUCAGGGAGCCUACCUUGACCACCUGCUCCACAGUGGUGACAAUGCCGUGUAGGCCACUUGUCAACUGCAGAUUAAAUCCCCUGAUGAUGUGCCGCACCAUCUCUUCCGCCAAGAUAUUGGGUCUCCAAUGUCAGAAAAAUUCAGAUAUAAACGAAAGGCACACAGUGUGUUGCAUACAACACCAUGUGUAGGAGCCAAAUGUGGUAAUUAAAUGUAUUUGCUCUAUAUGUA